AUGUCAGACGAAAGGCCAGGCACCAUCCUCAGCCGCCCGCUUUCAAAGCUAGUCAACGCCCCUCGUAACUGGCACAAGGUCGCAAAAGUCCUCAACGUAGGCAUCGUCGUUGCUAGCAAUGUCAAGCCUUAUGAAGCAAUACAUCUUCUUGCCUUCCGUCGCACGGAAACGGUGCAGCAGCAGAGGAUCGAGGAGGGAUUCGAAGCAGACGCGAAGCAUGUCGGUGUCUGUGGCCUCGCGGGCACCGGGAAGAGCUCCUUGAUCAACGCUCUCAGGAGUUUGUCUAACGACGACCUCGGUGCAGCUGGGAUCCUCGCCGGAAGCAAGCCGGUCGAGCGAGCUAAAUACUCGGCCCACGAUAGCUCUCGGCCGAUCAUCUUGCAUGAUUGUCCCGGAGCGAUGGCCACCACCAAAGCUGCCGAGUACUACCACAGCCAACGAAUGUAUCUUUUCGACACGUUGCUCAUUGUUACUGUACAAUACUGUCUUCUGAAUGGUCAGCCAUUCAGGACUGUCCGUUCCAGGUCCGACGAGAUGGUGGCUCGAAUUCGAGACGAGAAGGGCUGCAGCUUGGAAGACGCAAAGCCGAUAUACGCAAUGGAGGCUGAUGAGUCGUGGGCAGGUGAGUUUUCACGUGAUGGCGCGCCUCAGAAAAUUAGAGAGGAGCUUCUGCGAGGUCAUCUUCUUGUCAAUAAGAAUGACCUGCUGGCGCUUGCGCGUGAGCAAGUCGUGAACUGGCCACAGGAAAAGGGGCAGACUGAGUUACAUGAACGUCGGCUCCUCACCCUGGUGUCAAAGGUGGGUACUGGUCCGGCUGAGGGCGACGAGGAUAUGACUCUUUGA